UCUGUGCUGUGCCAUUGACAGUACCUGCAGGUGGUUGGCUGUUUAGAUGUCAUCCUACUUGCAGACCACUGCAAAAUGGUUCCAUACUUAGUUACUAGUGAAAUAUAGUGAAAUGUCAAACUUUUGAUACCUGUCUGUAUAACUUUCAAUUUUAUGCAGAGGAUGUAGACAACUAUGUUAUUAAUCAUAGUAGAUCAUGACAACGAUGGUAUGCAAGUACAUUAAAUAGUUUUAUGCACAACUCUUCAGUGAUGUUGUUAGCCUAAAUUAUUAUUAUUAUUUAUUUUUUGGACCUUUUAUUAAAACAGUAUCCCCCACAUAAAGCAUGUCUGUGUACAACCAUACUACUGCAAUAUACCUCAGAUUUGAGCAUGUUAUGAGAUGCCUUGACGCCUGUCUACCUGAUUUAUUAUAGCAAGCCAUGGCCACGUGACUCACUGCCCUGUAGGAGCGAAGCAUUUCUGUGAACAGGAUGGUCUACCUGAUCAACUUAAAGCAUAUUUCUUGAGUUCCCCUGCUUUUAUCUUGUGGUUAUGUAGGUGUCAGGCUGCCAACUGAGGUUUUGAGAACUUGCAGAGACACUGCUUGGUCACACACAUGCAGGUCGAUCAAACGGACAAAAACUUUACUUCGUCCUUGUUGAUCAGACGAAACAGACAUACUGUAAUCGCUGAGGUUCACAGCUUCACUUCUUCAAACUUGGCUUGGAAAAGUCCCAAGAGUAUUUUGUAAAACUUUAUUACUCCGUUAUUCUGGAGAAAAUGGAUGGUACAGAUUAUAGUGAGUCAACAAAUGGCAUUACAGAGGACUAUGGUGAGAUGGAAUAUGUGGAGCCAUGUCAAAUGACAAAAAACAACCGUGUGGAGAGAGUGGUGCGACUCUACAUCCACUCUGUCAUCUGCAUCCUGGGUUUACUGGGCAACAUCCUGGUGAUCGUCACCUACGCUUUCUACAAGAAGGCCAAGUCCAUGACGGACGUCUACCUUCUGAACGUGGCCAUAGCCGACAUGCUGUUUGUGGCGGCUCUGCCCCUGAUCAUCUACAAUGAGCAGAGUGACUGGGCCAUGGGGAUGGUGGCCUGUAAGAUUCUCAGAGGGGCCUACAGCGUCAACCUGUACAGUGGUAUGCUGCUUUUAGCCUGUAUUAGCACUGACCGGUACAUCGCUAUUGUCCAGGCCCGUCGCUCCUUCAGGCUCCGCUCCUUCACUCUCCUCUACAGCCGCAUCAUCUGCGCUGCAGUCUGGAGCCUAGCCCUGCUCCUCUCUGUCCCCACCUUUGUCUACUACGAGCGUUAUGUGCCUGCACACAGCUUCUACAAUGUAAGUGAGUAUGGAUUUUUUGAUUACAGCAAUGCUAUGACACCCGUUGGUCUGAAGAACCCUACAUCCUCAGAGUCAGAGGAGGACUCUGUGGUUUGCAACUUCAGGUUCCCGGACAACGCCACGGCCCGCCAGAUGAAGGUCCUGGUCCCCAGCACCCAGAUGGCGGUGGGCUUCUUCUUGCCUCUGUUGGUCAUGGGCUUCUGCUACGCCAGCAUCAUCUUCACCUUGCUGCGCGUCAAGAACUUCCAGAGACAUAAGGCGGUGCGCGUGGUGCUGGCCGUUGUGGGGGUAUUCAUUGCCUGUCAUCUACCCUAUAACGCUGCCCUGCUCUACGACACGGUCCAUAUGUUCAAGCCCCAGAGGUGCGGGGUGAUGGACAACACCCAAGUGGCCAAGACGGUGACGGAGACGGUGGCCUACCUGCACUGCUGCCUUAACCCAGUGCUGUAUGCCUUCAUCGGGGUGAGGUUCAGGAACCACUUCAAGAAGAUUGUGGAGGAUGUGUGGCGCGUGGGGAAGAGGGUCAUGAACGUCCGACGCUUCUCCAGGGUCAAGUCCGAGAUCUACGUCUCCACCGCCCGCAGGACUGUGGACGGGUCCUCUACCGACAACGCAUCCUCUUUCACCAUGUGAGGAGGAGACCCUGUGUUGGAGACUGCUGUUGCUUAGAACCCUAGCGAAGUCUGUGUUUCAUUUACCCAUGUCUAGUGAAAGUCUACACAUUCCUUGCACAAUCCUCACAAUUUUCUGCCUUCAAAUUAAAUCUGGGAAAGGGAUUAGAUAAGUUUCUUUUUCCUACUUAUCUACACAACCCACCCACCCGUCCACAUUUUCAAAGAAAAAGACCAAUUUUAGAUCAUUAAAAAAAAAAACACCCAGAGGUAAUACUUGGUGAAAUCACAUUUGGCAGCCAUUACACCUGUGAAUCAUUUUGAAUAAGAUUCUACCAACUUUGCACAACUCUAAGUGGAAAAACUCCGAAGUGGGCAGGCAGAGCAAGCAGAGCGAGGUGGGUGUAAAGGACGGGACAGGCAGAGCACGGACUAUAUGCCAGCAGGAUAGCACAUAUCUCCAAUCAUCUUUGCUGAUAGCAAUUUUGUGUUUCCAUAAAUGGAUAAAUUGGUAUAAUUUAGCAUUUAGAGUUAAAGCUUCACCCCUUAGUUACCUCUUCCAAUUUCAAAUGAGCUUGAAAUAGGUGAAUAAUAAUAUUUGUUAUUGUUUUGUGUGACUACAGCUCCAGCGAUAAAAUACAAAAAUAUAGACACGUUAUAUUUGAGUAAGUUGUCAAAGAAGUCAACCCGUCUGCCCGGCUUCAGUUGGGUCAUUAUAAUUCAAAACAUUCUAAAAUCACACACACGCCUCGCACGCUCGCCUUUAGUGAGUUUAGGCCAUUAUGUAAAAAUUGAUCAAGCUCAUUACAUUUGGUUGGGAUUCAUUGAUGGACCGCAAUAUUCAAACCUUGUCUCUGAUUUUCAAGCAGAUUUAAGUCAGGACUGAGACUGGACCAUUCAUGAACACGUAACACCUCUUUGAAUGCCAUUCUGGUGUCUUUCGUAUUAUAAAACUUGUGUAAUUGUCCCACUGAAAAAUACAAACUCUAUCCUAGGGUUAGGUUUUCAGAAGACUGAGGCUUGGCUUUGGUCCUUUCAUAUUUCUUUUGAUCCUGAAAAACUCCCCAGUUCCUGGCGGUGAUAAGCAUACCCAUAACAUGAUGCUGCCACCACAAUACUUGAAAAUCAAGACAUUGCAUUCACUUCACAUAACUGGCCUGUAUGACAAAGUGAAAAGAAAGAAGCCUGUGUAAAAAAAUAUACAAAUUAUGUUUUCAACAAAGCCAUUAAGUAAUACUGCAAGACAACACAGCAAAGAAAUAAUGGCCUAAAUUAAAAACUACGGGCUUAGUUCAAAUCCAAUACAACAAAACACAGAGUAAAACACUCUGUAUUUUUAAGUAUUGUGGUGGCAGCAUCAUGUUACAGUGACUGCGGAGUUUGUCAGGAUCAAAGGAAAUAUGAAAAGAACAAAGCCCAGGUAAGAAGUAAGAGGAAAACCCACUGCAGUGUUCUGAAAACCUAACCUUGGGAUAGAGUUUUAAUUUUCAGCUGACAAUUACACAAAUUGUAAUGCCAAAGACACAGCAGAAUGGAUUUCCAAGAGGUGAUGAGUUCCUGAGUGGUCCAAUCUCAGUCCUGACUUAAAUUGGAAUCAGAGACAGGUUUAAACGUACAAUGCAGCCAUUUUUAUCUCAAUAUCAAAUCAUUUCUGGGUAACAAUUACCUUAAUGUGAUUGUUUUCAAUUACAAUUGUCAAAAAGAAACAAAAAUAACUUCUUAGCAUAGAGACAUUUCUAAAGCAAGUAUUUUUCUAGGACUAUUUGGGAAUGUUCUUAGUGGGAUGAGGAAAACUGAAAACUAGCGGUGAAUUCCAAACCACCACCUCGUCCCUACCAACUCGCUCGGAGGGCCCUCUCUUGUCACGUGUUGCUGACGAACCUCAGUGGAUGACUUCCAGAGAGUGACGAGGAGAGCAAUAAACCCAUCAACUUCAGGACACAUUUGUGACUUGAAUUAUGCAAUACAUGUUCCACUUCAUGUUCCCCCUGUCGUUUUACAAAAUAUAAACCUCAGUAACAGUUAAACAUUUCAUUUAGGAUUCAUUCCAUCUGUUAUAUGUAUCAAGUCUCGAAAUCAGACAAACAAAUUCACAUGGCAGACAAUUAGUCACACCUCUCCAUUAUUUUGUAUAACAUUGAACAAACUCCAAACAUAUCGCGGUGCGUGUCAGGAUAGCACUUCGCCCUGAAGCCCCAACAGCCUCAAUAAUUUCUACUCCCUCAGUUUGGGAAACUUGUGCAUAUGGUGGAGGCGUGCGUGAACGCGCAAAUGGAGGGCCGAGGAGGGGCGAGGGGAAGGGAGUCAUUUGGGAUUCAGCCUAGCUGUUUUUGGCAGAAAGGUUUGGAACUCUUUCUUAUUGGUCUAUUAACUAAUUUACCGCCUAGUGAUGUCACCAGGCAGGCCAAAACUCCAACCCACCAAAACAGGCUGAAAUGUCAGGUCUUUUCAAAUAGCUCUAAAAGGGCGUUAUCAUAAUUUUCACAAUUUCACAGUAUUAUUCCAACCUCAGAGUGUGGAAGUAUAUACAGUAUAAAACACAGGAAAUCUCAUUUUUAACUGCACUGGUCCUUUAAAUAUUGCUGUCCAUCACUGAGUUAGUGCAGUUUUGACAAAAACUAUGUAACAGUAAAUGUUGCCUAAGAGUUGUGCAAAGUUGGUAGAAUCUUAUUCAAAAUUAUUCACAGCUAUAAUGGGGC